AUUUUGGGUGCGAUGCCGGAUGGCGCUAUGCUGGCUUCAUUGCUUCGGGAGCUCGCCCCGAAUGCCGAGGACAGCGUCAUCAGCUAUUUGACCACCGCGCUGGCAGACGCAAACUCCAAGGAGGAUGUUCGAGAGUGCUGCGAGGGGUGGCUGGAAGAGGCAGAAGCAGAUGGUGGCUUGGAACGCCUCUGCGAAGCACUUCAUUUGGGUAGCUCGAAAUCUGCCGCGUCCGCUUUUGCAGUGCUCACGCCGUCGCUUGUUACUCCACUGAGUCUUGGCUAUCCCUCGGAAGAACUUGAGGCGGAACCAACAGAAGAAAACGGUGCAGGCACCAAAGCGAAGGCCAAACCUCGGACGAAAAAGAAAAACAAAAACGAUGCGAAGGCUGAGACAAGAACCGAGGUUCCCCUGGAAUCCCUGGUGGAGGUCAAAGCGCGCGUGUCAAGGUUUCAUCGUGAGGCGGUGGAAGAUGAGAUCAGCUCUGCCGUAGCUGAAGUGGACGUCCACGAUCUCUGCAUCUCCGUGGCUGGCCGAGAUUUGCUGAAGGAUGCCCAUUUGAAGCUUUGCCCUGGGCAACGCUAUGGUUUCGUUGGUCGAAACGGAUCAGGGAAAUCCACCCUCUUCCGAUCGAUGGCGUCGGGGCGAAUCCCCGGCUACCCAGCCAACUGCGUGACGCUGCUGGUGGACCAAGAGGAUGUAGGAGAUGAAAGAACAGCAGUGGAGACCGUGGUAUCUGCUCACAAGGAACUCCAGGAGCUGUUGGAAGAGGAAAUCUCCCUGGCGCUGGUGCACAGUGGAUCUGCUGUGGAUGCUGUGAAGGCCUUGAGGAAACACGAGCACCUCUUGGCUAAACGGAGUCUCUUCAAGGCCGCCAUGUACGAGAGCAAGCUGAGUGGCCUCCGUGGCAAAGCUGCGCGAGAAGCCCUACUCGAAGCCGAAGCGCAAGAAAAGAAAGCGGCUGAAGCGUUGGAAGCUGAGGUGCAGGCUGAGGAGGGAACGGCAGCGGUGCAGGCCAAGGUGGUGGAGAUCUUGGCAGACAUACGAGAUCGACUGCGGAUCCUUGGGGCGGACUCAAUGAAAGGGCGAGCCGAAGUGAUUCUGAAGGGCUUGGGUUUCGAAGAGAUUGACCUCCAGAAACCAACACGGCUUCUCAGUGGUGGAUGGCGCAUGCGCGUGGCAUUGGCCAAGGCAUUACUAGCCAAGCCCAAUGUUCUGCUAUUGGAUGAGCCGACAAACCACUUGGAUUGGCAAGCCAUCCUUUGGUUGGAAAAAUAUUUGGUCUCAGAGGAAUUGAAUGAAGUGGCCCUGGUGGUGGUUUCGCACGAUCGGGAUUUCCUGGACAAAGUGAGUACCAUGACUCUUCGGCUUUUCGAAAUGAAGCUGCAGGUCCACUCAGGCAACUAUUCCACCUUCGAGGAUGCCCAUGAGCGAGAUCAGCAGCACCGAGCAGAACUGGCACAGCGGCAGCAUGACAAGCAAGACAAGAUGGAGAAGCAAGUCAAGGAGAUGGAGCAACGUGGCAGAAAGACCAACAACGAGAACUUGCUCAAGGCGGUGGCGAGCCGACGCACAAAGCUCGGCUUGGACGAUAAGCCCUGGUCCUUCAACCGCGUUGGCUUAGAACGAGCAGGAGGUCACAAGUUCAAAUUUAGCUAUAACACGGUUGGUGCAGCCAUGGAGCAGCUCCAGGUGGAGAACAAGGAACAGGCAGUGCGGCUGAAAUUGAAGGCUGCUGGAGCUUUGGGCUUUGAGGCAGCUCUGCUUCAAUGCCGCGACGUGGUGGUGGGCUAUGACAAAUUGGCUCCGCUGAUAAAGAAGUUUGACCUUGACAUCCGAGCUCAAUCUCGCAUUGGAAUUCUGGGCGUGAACGGCAGUGGCAAGACCACUCUGCUGCGAACCUUAGUGGGCGAGCUGGCCUGCCUCUCGGGUGAAGUCUAUCAGCAACCACGUGUGGUAGUGGGUUUCUUCAACCAGCACCAGGCGGAUGACCUGCCGAACGAUGCAACACCCUUGGAAUCGUUGUGCGAAAGUCAUCCAAAUUUGAAGGACCACGAGGUCCGAGCACAUUUGGGCAGCUUUGGCCUGGGACGCCUUGCUGUUCAACCCAUCAAGUCCCUAUCUGGUGGAGAACGAAGUCGCGUGGCCUUGGCAGCUGCGACCUUGAGAGCGCCUCACGUGCUGGUCUUGGACGAGCCGACCAACCACUUGGACCUGCAGACCGUUGAAGCCUUGGGAGAAGCUUUGAAGGAAUUUGAGGGAAGCGUGGUGGUCACUUCCUACGAUCGUCGUUUGCUGCGAGAGGUUUGUCAAGACUUCUACUCAGUGAAGGACAAACAGCUAGUGAAAGUGACGCUGGAGUCUUUUGUCCGCUCGGUUAGGUGAUAAACCAUCUGUGCUGGGCUGCUGCUUCUAGGGCAAGCCAGAGUUUCACUCGUAUUUCAUUUUGCUUUGAAGUGGCCGGAGGCCGUUCAAUCAUUAGUUGCCAAUGGGAAAUGGUGUACAGUGUACAGAUCGCAACGCGAUUGCCCAAUCAGCAUGGUAGCGUGGAAAAACU